GCGCCCCCGCGUCGCGGCGCCCGCCACGGGGCGGCCCCCAGCCGCGGCCGCGUGCCAUCCAGGCGCCCCCUUCACCGAGGAAGGGAGCUGGGCGAAGGCGCCCCCAGGGCGAGCGAGGCUCGGGGCCCUCGCCCGGGGCCCCCGCGGAGCGCGGCCGCCUGCCUGCCACUGCUGAGCCCGCGGGGAGGCCUGGGCGCCCGGGAGCUGCAGUGUUUUGUCUGAUACACACGUUUACCGGAGCUUUUGCCCAAGAAGGCUGCACAUUGGAUUUGCCUGUGGUUUGCCAACCACACUCACCUGGCAAGAGGAUAUUGCUGACCCUAUGGAUUCUUCUUUAAAGUGUUCAGGGAAGGAAGAAAAGCGCGUUUGGUUAUCAGAACUACUUUCUUGGAAAAUGUGGUGGAGGAAGAGAAGUGCUUUCACGGAGGAAAGGGAAAGAAAGUGUCUUUUUCCCCAAAACUUUCACCUCAAAUAACAGAGUGCGUCAACAGUGAGGAAGCAGCCUCUAAUUGCUUGUCUGACUCUCCCAAAUGAAAAAAAGGCUGUGGUCUCCGAUGCUAAAGGUUCUGUAGGAGGGGAAAGCUCAUUACCGCUGCCUCCACUUGUUUUUCUCAAGCACUCGGCUGAGGAUAAAGACAAAUCUUCUUUGAUAAUUUUGUUAUGGUCAGGUAACACUAGUAAUUUCAUCCCCAGCCAAGAAAUUUCCUCAUAGAUGGGAAAGAAAUGGAAUGUAUGUGAAGACACUGAUUGUUGCUCUGAAGAAAAAAAAGCACUGAAAGUAAAAAACUAUAAUUAGAUUACAAAGCAGAUGCCUCAGAAGUCUAAUGAUGUCGUUAAAAUUUGCCAAAACACACUUAGUUCUGAUCAGUGUCCUGAUGACACUUAUAACCUUGAUGUGGCCACCACCAUAACUUCCUGAUCUCUGCAGGCUUUGUUAGUUAAACAGCAGCUGAUGAUGAUUUUGGUUGCUGUUAUUUCCUAUUCCUUUCUCACUGCACUGGUGAGUCAACAACUCCUGCACUGUGGUCCUGCCUCUUCACAUAAUUCUGCCUUAUUGGACUCUGAGUCAAUGUACUUUGGUGCCUGAUAGCAAACAGCUUGAGCCAUGUGUCCCCUAAUGUAUGGAUUAUUACUGUUUAUAUAAGCAUGUAUUGCCAAAGGUGUGAGACAGCCUCCCUCCCACUUCUCCCUGCCACCUGUUUCAGCACAGCAGCAUUCCCCGCUUGACAUGAUGGGCUACAGUUCUGUAUCACAUAUCAGAAAAGAAGAAACUUGAGCCAUACAAUACAAGGUACAUAUCAGUAGGCUCAUAGGUUCCUACUGAGGCAGCCUAAUUCCACCCACAUGGUGCUUCCUAUGAGCUAGCUCAGGCCCUCAGACAUACCUGACCUAUAGAGACUGCUAGCAUCAAGGACUUAGAUUGAAUCAGGGCUGUCUGAAUAUGGCCCAGACUGUUCUUCCCCAUCCAGAAAAUCAGCCUACACAUCCUUUUUAUUGCUUCAGGUAUAUUUUUAUUGUACUGUUUUGCAGGUAUUCCUCUCGUUCCUACCUAUCUGUGCUCCUGCAAAGAAAGUAUCCUGCUAUAGCUUGCUUGUGUCUCCAAGCUCUGGUGUGCAACACCUCAGGAUUUGCUACGUGUACACCCAUGUACUCCAGGUUUUUGUGCACUUUUGUUCUCAUGUUCCUCAGAUGAGGUGAAACUUCUCCACAUAGGCAUCCUUGAUCUAUUGAUCCCUCCAACUGCAUUUUUCAGGAUGAGGAGUCCUACACCACAAUAUGGUAUUAGGAAAACUUAGACCUCAAACCUAUGCCAAUGUGAAUGAAACCAGCACUCUGUUACUACAACUAUAUUGCUAAAUAAAACAGGGACAAGGAGCAAGUUUUAAUGCUGGGCUACUGAUUGUUCGUAAUAAUUAUUAAUUAACGAGUUUCUGGUAGAGUUCUGGCUAGUGCCAACUAGCAUCAGCAAGGCAAUACCUAGCAUCCAGAGAAUGCCUAGCAUGCACACCAAGGACGUUAUAUCUAGGUCUCUUCCUACUAUGCAGUCUUCCAACACUAUCCUAGCAGGUUCUGCAUCCUUAGAGCACUCCUCGAUGUCCUUCUGCCAUGCCCCAAGUACAUCUCUCCGAUUUCGUACUAUACAAAUAGCACAUUUAUGGGCUGCAAUAGAGUUCACACAUUAUAUCAUACCUUUGGAAAUAAAAAAAAAGACACAAAAAUUAUAGCUAUAUAUUACAGCCACAUUGCAGCACAUAAAACUUAGAGAAGACUCAGAGCACAAACACUAUGUAGAGUGGAUAUGGCUAGUCCAACCACAUGGUCCCUAGCCCUUUGGUUUCUGCGGUGGGUUUUUUGAAUUACAGACAAGGCCUGCGUGGCCCACAUCCAGGAAUUAUACUCAUCUUUCUUCUGCAUGCCUUCAAGCAUGGCUAGGUCUAGCAUGACCCUGCUACAGCAGAUGAAAUGAAAUUGUGGAAAGCAGCUGAUGGGAGCUCAUGCUGACUGUCAAAACCUCCAAAAUGAACAAGAAGUUUUCUCAGGAGGCCUGUCUUCCCCCCAGACAGACCCUAUUUCCUGAAUACUGGAAGGAAGAGUACAGACAACAGAGGUUAGGAGGAGGGCAGCAUGGGAAGAGGGUUAUAUUCAUUUUUAUUUUUUCCCCCACAAAGUCAGUUCCUCUGUAAACAGCUGUGCCAAUUUCUGACCACUGUCAAUGUGUCAGUUCUGCUUCUGAAAAUCACAAGCCUACUUUGAGUUAGAGUACACACCUUCCAGGCAUGUUACUGUGGGCAGCUCUCCAUUGGCAUUGACAGCUGGUGCACUUUACAGCAAUGAAUAUGGAGUUGACAAUGCACUUCCCUUCCCAUCACCCACCCCGCGGCAGUGUCACAUUGGACAUCUCUGUAAUGGAAAGAUUAAAAGAAACAUCGUUGAAAAUAGAUGAGAAAGAAUUGACUUUAUGUUUAGACAGUGCCUAGGGCUCCAGUGGGAUGGGUUUUGAGGGGUGGAGUUUAAAGGGAGUGGUUGAAACUCCAUCUCCUCUCCCUCUUUGACAGACCAGUGUGAGGCUAUUGGCUUAGUGGUGGCAUUUGACCUUACUUUUCUGUGUCUGGCUGGGAGACUCCCCCAAGUUUGGAGUGUCUGUACAUGGAAUAUGAAGAGGAUGAUGAUAUUUCUUUUGCAAAAUGGAUGAGCAGUUUCUGGGGCCACAACUUAAUUGAUGAGAAUGAGAAAGAGGGUAGAGGCCAUAAGAAACGUCAGACACGAUUCUUUAGUGAAAGGAGAGCCUCCCUUCCGGCCAAGCUUUCCUCCCUCCAUACAACAAGACUUCAUGCCUCUACCAAAGUCUCUUCUUCAGGGCAUCUCAAAGGCUGCAAGGGGUUUCAAGAAGACCAAGAUGUCAAAUGCCACUGCCACAAGAGGGCCAGCAGAACACCUUCAACUGACAGCUCAUGCCCAGAGACAAGAUCAAACUCUAUCCAGGAAUUUGCGGAGUCCUUUGAGAAGCAGCUGCAUUUCAGAAGCAAACGUUCAGUUUCUUUGCAACCUGAAGGCAUGAAGGAGAGAAGUGAAAGAGAAAGACUGCUUUCACCAAAGAGCAGUUCCCACAAGAAAAUGAGAGGGAAAUCAGAGCCAGGGAGAGUGCAGAAAGAAGAUGAAGGUCCAGGGCUUGCACUUGCAAAUCACAAUGAACAGUUUCCAUCACAAGCCAGCACUGAAAAAGGCUAUUUUUGUCCAGGCAGCUAGAAAUGCGUUGGGAUAAUGAAUGUUAACACUCUCACUGAAGAGCAGAGUAAGCAUUCUUAUUUUGUUUUGACUCGAAGAGGCCUAUUAGCUAGAAGAAAUCCCGCACUGUAAAAUAAAAUUCAAAAACACCAUUGACACCAUGUUACUACCUUCCUGUCUUUAUUUUUGCCACUCCAGAUGUGAUCCCUGUCACAGAGGUGGAUGUCUAGAGCAAAGAUCUAGGUAUAGGAUUAAAUCACCUUAGAGGAUUUUAGGUAAGCUUAGCAUUUCAGCAGAAACAGUAGUGGAUGAGUUCAUUUAAGAGGAGAACAUGUAUGUACUACAAAGCUGUGCAAUUUUAACCUCACUGCAUUGACUACCAAAUGACUUAGCUUCUUUUGUUGCCUUCCCCCUCUACAAUUACUACUUUAUAACCCUGAGUCAUAGCUCUACAUCUGUAGUUUUGCCUCAUCAAAAUCUGAGCAUUACCCAAAGCUAUCCAGUAAAAACAAAACAGAUUUGCUGUCUCACACUUCUAUAUUUUAAGAGGUUUUUAAGAGGUUCUUGUUAGUUGCUACAGAUUCAAGGGGAGGGGCUGCAACUCUACUUGUUCUCUUUCCUAUAACUGGGGCCAAACCAAGGGAAUUAGAAUCAGCUCUGCCUGUGGUAAGCAGGGCUUAGGGAAACUGUUUCCUCUGGCUGAAGAUCUCCUGAACUCAGGUAUAAAUCCCAUCAACUGUAAAUAAGAUUCCUUCUAUGCAGAGGAACUGCCUCCCCCCCCCCCCCCCCCCCACAGUUCCUCAACAUCCAAGUCUUUCCUGCAGAAAUAAUCUGCCUGCUUUGGGAACAAUUUUCCCAGGCCUUGUCUCAAGAAAGCCUGUUUUGGGUAAUACAGUUAGAGAAGAGUGAAGACUGGUGACAUUAUGAGCAAGAGUCAAAGUUUGCAGGGUAUUCUGCAUGUGACUUUCUGUAAUUAACAAAGAUUCUAUUUUAUUUUAGAGCCUUAACUUUGAAUGUUCAACCUUUUAAAUACUUAAGCCAUA